AUGACAAAACUCUCCACUGUAUUAAUAGAAAAGGGGGUGUUAGACGAAAAUAUUCAUUAUGCAAUUUCUACAGUAUAUAAAGAGAUCUUCAAUACUCAAACAUGUUAUUCUGGAUUUUUGGCACUUGGAUGGACGGACGAAUCAAUAAUUGAACAGCUAUUAUCAGAUGUAUCAUUUGUUCCUAUAUUCUCUUUGCUCGGUGAAUACAAAAUUUUUGUUUCUGGUAUUGGAUCUUCUUCAAACGCUGAAUGGAAUCAUGGUGGACCGGGAUAUAAGUCUUCACUUCUACGUAGUGUAAAUAGAAAAAGCGUUUUAUACUUUUCAACAAUAAAAGAUAAUUUUUGUGCAGUUGAGGUUCAUAAAGACUUUGAAAUUAAAAACCAGAUUGAAGGAUCAUCUCCAAAUGAAGUUGAUCGUGAAAUAAGUGCUUGGCGUGCGAUGCUUCAUGCAAGUAGUUGUCAAAAUAUAACUCCAUGGGCACUUGAAGAAUCAAAGUAUCAAUUAUGGACGAAAAAUGCACUGUAUGAAAAUGAUCGGGAUAUACUUCAACAAUUAUACAAUUUGGGAUUCUUAAAUAGCUCACCAAGCUAUGUUCCUAAUAAAAUUCGUAUUUUCUGGCAAUGCUUUAAUCAAGCAUUAGCAGAUAAUAAAAAAACAAAGGAUAAAAAAAGACGAAUUCUAUCAAUAAUUGCUGACGAUUUUAGUUAUUCGGAGUUAAAAACCAAUUUAGGUUUAACAACUGAGCAGUUAAAUCAAUUUGAAUUAUUCUUUACAACUAAAGAAAAUGUCAAUAUGUCUUUAUAUAAAACAGAUGAAUCGACAGGUUUACCUAUAUUAUAUCUUCAAGAUCAUAAGAAAGCUUUAUGGAAUAAAUUUCACAAGGAAUAUCCCAAUGGUGGUCUUUGCACUACUUGUAAUGAGCUAGGGUAUGAGGUUUUUGAAGAACUUGAAUCAUUAAUUAAUACUAGAAUUAAAAAUACUGAGCUUAAG